GUGGAUGGUCUGAGGGAACAAUUGGCUGAUACACACAGCUCUGAGGUGCCGAGUCCUCUGGCUGCUCCCUGACAUCUCUCUCCUCCUGUCAUCUGUGAAGCACAAGCUGCAGAGCCGUGGCCAAGAUGUCUGAGGGACCUUCCAGGAUCUCAGGACCCAUCCCUCCCGACCCUACGCUGUUCCCGGACUAUUACAAACGCCCCCUGUCAGCUCGAGGGAGGCUGGAAGGGAAUGCCUUGAAGCUGGACUUCCUCUCGGGCCCUCUAGCCCCAGAUCCCAGCCUGUACCCCACCUGCUACAGUGCCCGCCUUGCCCAUCCUGCCCCGCGUAUCCGCCCCAAUGGUCAGGCCAUCCUGGAGAAGGGGCAGAAGGGGACGGUCGGGGUCUUGCUGAAGCUGGAGGGGAUCUCUCUCUACAGGGAGCCGCCCCUGAAAAGGCAUGCAGGGAAAGAGGCCAAGGACCACGAGAAGGAGAAUGUGAGGCGGAUGAGGGAGAUCCAGAGGAAAUGCAAGGAGAAGGAGCUGGUACGGGAGCACAGCCAGCCCAAACCCAUGAAGGCCUUGUGGAAAUCCCAGAAGUAUGAAAAUGUGGAGUCCAAGGUGAAGGCCAAGUUGCAGGAGAGCUCUCCCCCACCCAACCCAGAGUCUCAGAAAUUCCUCCGGGCAUAUUCCCGCUGCGGCUCCGGGCUCCAGCCACGCCGGUCGCUGUCACCCAGCCCUGCCAAAACGAGAGUGGUGACCGACACCGAGGCUGCAGGAGCACAGCGCACUGAUGCCAAGAUCCAGGUAGAAGGCACCAGCGUCGACUUCGUAAGCCACAACGCCCGCACCGCCAAGCGGGCCCCCAUGCGGCGCUCGCGCUCGCUGCAGUCGCUGGCCGAGGCGCUGGAGCAGAAGCGCCGGGAGCAGGAGGAGUACAACGCCAAGCAGAAGGGCCACGUGCCCCAGUACCUGCUGGAGCGGAAGGAUCACUGGCGCAGGGAGAUGGAGGAACGGCAGCGGAACCUGCCUGACCCUGACAUGCCACCGGGUCACACCAUGAUGCCAGAGAGCGAGCGGCUGGAAACCCUGAACAACCUGCAGCAGAGCCAGGAGCAGCUGGUGAAGGACCUCGUGAUGCUGCCGGUGCGGGCCGACACCCUGAGCAUUCAGAAGAGGCGGGUGGAGCUGGAGAAGAAGCUGUCGCAGAUCGAUGAGGCCCUCAAAAUCUUCUCCCGGCCCAAGGUCUUCAUCAAGCUGGACUCUUGAGAAGGGGGGUGUUGUGCUGUGUGUGGAUCUGCCACCCUGCUGGGGGGCUCCCGGUCACUCCGCUCCGUGGGUUGGGGGGAUGGGGGGAAACCAAACUCAAUCUGCUUCCACUGGCUGCUGCAGCAGCUCCUGCGUUGGGGAUUCCCAGAGCCCAGCCCAGCCAAGCUGGCCCCAGGCAGAGGGCAGCUGGGCCCUUGUGGGUGACAACAGCAAACAAACCCGAGGAGGGCUGCCAGGGGCCAUUAUCUUCAAGGCAGCGCCCCAGCCUCUGACCGGUGGGGGGCUCCUGAGGGCAGACUGGCCAAUGGCACCUUCUGCGCAGCGUUGCUUGGAAAGCAGCAGGCCUGGUGCUGCUCAGCUGCCUCUCUGCAUGGCUGGGCUUACUGGCCUCUCGCUUACAUGGUUUGUAGGGCAAAGCAGGCGCAGCCUCUGCCCGGCACGCCCUCUCCGGCCCGCCUUCCUCCCAGGCUGGAGCUGGGAGCCACAGGGGGCGUUCAGAGGGAGAUCCUUUAAGGCGGGAGGUCGACAGCUCUACGGCUUGGGAGAGUCUGAGCAUAACCCUGCAGCAUCCCAGCUCCCCCUGCUGGGGGGUUGCGACACAGCCGGGCCUGAGAGCCAGCUCCCUGCCAGUCCAGGCUGGGCCUCUGCAUGGCGCUCCUCUGGCCUGGCCACCGCUCCCCUGCAGCCCUCUGCCGAAGGCCGUGUGCCUGGGACGGGGCAGCCCUGAGCCGCGGCCUGUCCCACCUGCUAGGGAUGCUUGGUAGGCCAAGACUAGCAAAGGGGCAGGGUAACCAGGCGUGGGGAUCCUGUCCCUGCUGGCAGGGAGCUGGCGGUGGGGGGUGGGGAGCUUGGGAACCCUUCUGGGGAUGUCGGGCAGCUUUUAAAUAAAGGGUUUUGUAGGUAUUGUGUGCGACAGGUGUGUGUGAGAGGGGGAGGGCUGCCGUGUGCUGUGCUGGCAGGUGCGGAGGGUUCAGCCGGCUGAGUGGGCAGGGUGUUGGGCAUUGGCAGGGCCCGGGGUGGGGAAUGCCUGGCUGGCAGGUGGGGGCAGUGCAUGGUUGGUUGGUGUGUGGGCAGUGGGAGCUGGGGGGAGAGCCUGCAGGGUGCUGUGCUGGGAGGAAGCCAGCCAGGGAGCCGGCUUAGCUGGCCCUGGCCAGGGCGAGUCCCCUGGCUGGGUACAACCUGUCCAGGAGCGCUGUGCUCCCCACCUGCCUGCUGCAUAGGGGGAGGCAGGGCCUCCAGCUGUUCCCAGCCCGUCCCCACAGCUGAGGAUUUGGCCUCCUGCCUGGGACUGUCAGUGGGUGCUGCUGCUGCCUUGCAAUGGGCCGGGGAGGGAAGAACAACCUCCUGGCGGCGGAGGAGCAGCUAAAAGCCUGUAAGUCUGGGGAAAGCCAGGCCGGGCCUUUGUGGGCUUGCACACUCUGCUGAAGCUAGACCAGUCUGCUGCUGGAGGCAGGGGGGUGUGACAUGCAAGCCCUGGACCACAGCGCCCUAGCUGGGCUCCCACCGGGGCUAGCUGGUAAAGAUGGGGAAGGCUUCAGGCAGUGCAGGAACCCCUGAGCUCCACUAGAGGCUGCAGGAGCUGGGUGUGAGAUGGAGACUUUCACUUCCCAGUGGCAGAGUCCAGCCCCUCUCAGCCGUGGUGGCCGGUGGCCUUUGCGCUGGGUGUGUGGCCGUUCCGUUCCCCUGCCCCAUGGGUGACUCCCCAUUGCAGGCAGUGCGAAGCCACACAGCCCCCAAGCUGGCUUGGUGCGGGUGCUGCCACACAGUCAACGCAAAUCCCUUCCACAGCACCAAACUGUCCCCCACAGCUUCAUAAACUAGCCGGGCUCAGAGUGUGAGCGGUUCCUGCUGCGCGGGCAGAGCUGCCCAGCCUGCAGGGCAAGCAGCUCUGGGGUAGGAGCGGGACUGGAAUCUGCCCCCCUGGGUUUUUGUAAAUCUCCAGUCUUGUGCCGUGAGAAUGGGAGCGGGCAGGGAUCUGUGCCGGUGGGCAGAAAGUGUGUGUGUUAGGGGGGAGAUGACUCCUAAGUGGAGAACGUAGCUGCUGAGGCAUGUGGUGGAGGGGGCUCUGUUACAAUUUUCGGCUGCUGUUGUGGGGCUGGGGUGGAGGCUUCAGGAAAGGGAAAUGGCAGAAGAGCUGGUGCACUGGUUGCAAAAGCAGCAGCAAACCCACUGUUGUGUAAAGGAGCUGAAUGCAGAGGAGUUGUAACUGAUGUGGCCAACUCCCAGCCUGCUCUGAGUAGGUCCUACAUGCGCUCCUCCCCACCUAGGCAAAUCAAACACCAGCUCAUGCUGUCCUGUGGUUGCCCUGUGCUGCUGGGGGAAAUGGACAGGGGAAUGCCCCCUGGCUUAGGAAUCUCACAGCUCCACAUGUGUCGGGAGGAGACUGCCGUAUGAAUGAGUGUUGGGCUCUCGAGACUGGGUUCCCCACAGUCCAUCAUUACCCCUGUGCAAGGGAAGCAUGACCUGCUGCCGCCUCAGGAUGGCAGCAUUUCCCCCUCACUGGGCCCAGGGGCAGGGUGGGGGACAUCCACCCUGCUGCAUCCCUGUCUGAUGCUCAAAGGCCCUGGCCAAUACAUCAGCCAACUGGUGCUAAAUUUGGAAAAGGAGCAACUCCAGCCGGGUAAUUGUGCAGUAUGGCCACAUUGUGCAUUAUUAGGCUUCUUUUUGUUCUUAAUAUACCUUAAAAAACUCCUCCUUAUUGUCCUUAACUCUGCUGGCCAUAGAGUUCUCCUUGUGUCCCUUUGCUUCCCUUAUCAAUGUUCUACAAUUCCUAGCUUCUAACUGUAUUAAUAACUAGCAAGUUCCCCUGUUUUCCAUGGGUAUUUUUUAUAGCUGCCCUCAUUUGCCCUGUAAGCCAGGUUGAUUUGACCAAUAUGGCCUUUUCCCUCAAGUAUGCCUUUUUGGGCAUCUAGUAAAGUGUUCUUAAACAAUUCCCAAUUAUUUUUCACAUUGUUCUGAUUAAAUUUGUCCUCCCAGCUGUUUGGCUCCUAGCUGUUUUUAGCUUUGUGAAAUUGGCCCUCUAGAAGCAUCAAGUCUGUCUGUCUCUGUUGUGGACUUUAUUCUGUUUGCACACUAGAAAUGUGAUCAAAUCAUGAGUCCUUCUACCAUUAAGUUUUUAGUUCUGUGAUCAGUUCGUCUUUAGCUAUUCGGACAAGGUCUAAUAUAGAAUUCCCCUGUGUUAGAAGCAACAUUGUUUGAGUUUGGAAAUGGUCAUUUAUAGUUAGAAGUACCAAGAAUGUUUAAGUACGGGCAACGUGAGACUUCCAGCAUGUCACUCAGGUUGACGUCCCCCAUGACCACACAGCAUCUUUUCCUACAGUAGAGGUAGGUGCAUAGGGAGCCACUCAUGCUGUUCCCUACUGGGAUUUGGUGGGCUGUAGCAGACACCAAUUAAUACCCUCACUCGAUCCUUCCUAAAUUGAUUUUAACAUUCCACUCCUGGGCCCCAUACCACCGGGUUUCAGUAAUACCUGGGAGAUGAAAUUUAUGCUCAUAUGAACACUUUCAAUUCCUCGUUUGUUACCCAGACUCCUGGCAUUAGUGUGUAGGGAAUUAAAGCAUUUCGUCUCUUCGUGUC